AUACGCUCUCGCUCUCGGCUGCUGCUACUCUUCGGCUACCCAAUAGUGGACAUGCUAGUAGUUGGCUGACCAUUGAUUCAGGAGGUAGUACAAAUUCUUAACAGGACGGACACUGUGGACAUCAGUUCAGCACUGAGAGCAGAGCAGUUUUAUGAACUCGGGGAAAUGACAGGGGAGGCUUCCAGAGUGUUAAGGUUGUGUCUGCAGCACACGGCUCUGGUCCGAAGAUAUCCACAACCCGGCUCAUCACUCCAGGCAACCAGAUCCUUCACCUUACACAGGGAAGGUCAGCACAGAGGGCUGUUAUGGAAGACACUUGUUGGGAUCUCUGUCAGCGUACCUGUGGCAGUCGGUGUCCAGUAUGCUGUGUCAGAACCAAAAGAGAGGAGGAAGAUGAGGAUUGUGAUUGAAGGAUUUGGUCGCUUCUGCAGAUGUCUCUCUGUGGGAAUCCUUAUCUCUCUGGAUUACUGGUGGACCACCAAUGUGGCUCUUCGUGGCCUGGAUGAGAGCAGCCCAUCCUACUUGGCUGAGAUGUCAGCCUGCCACCAGAGGACUGCAGAUUGCAUGGUGAAAGGUGCCAUCAGGAACGGGGGAAUAUACAUCAAACUCGGCCAAGGUCUGUGUUCCUUCAACCACCUGCUACCCCCCGAGUACAUCCACACCAUGCAAACACUGGAAGACAAGGCCUUGAACAGGAGGUACAAAGAGGUGGAUUCUCUCUUCCAAGAAGACUUCAACAAAACCCCAGAGCAGCUUUUUAAAGCAUUUGACUAUGAACCCAUAGCUGCUGCCAGCCUGGCACAGGUUCAUAAGGCAGAACUGUUUGAUGGGACUCCUGUUGCUGUGAAGGUGCAGUACAUUGAUCUCAGAGAUCGUUUUGAUGGUGAUAUCAGAACACUGGAGAUCCUGCUGGAUAUUGUUAAAUUCAUGCACCCCAGCUUUGGAUUCCGCUGGGUUCUUAAGGACUUGAAGAAUACGUUGGCCCAAGAGCUGGACUUUGAGAACGAGGCCAGGAAUUCUGAGAGGUGUGCACUGGAGCUGAAACACUUAAAAUUUGUUGUUGUACCCAAAGUCUUCUGGGAGCCAACUUCUAAGAGGGUGCUGACAGCAGAGUUUUGCAGUGGCUGCAAAAUCAACAACGUGGAAGGCAUUAAAAGACAAGGGCUAAGUUUGAAAGAUACCGCAGAUAAACUGAUUCGAACAUUCGCUGAGCAAAUUUUCUACACUGGUUUCAUUCAUGCUGACCCUCACCCUGGAAAUGUUCUAGUGAGACCAGGUCCUGAUAACAAGGCAGAGUUGGUGCUGUUGGACCACGGAUUGUAUGAAUACCUCAGUCAACAUGACAGAGUGGCCCUUUGUAAACUGUGGAGGUCCAUUGUCCUACGAGAUGAGGUGGCAAUGGAGAGAUACUCUAAUGUACUUGGGGUCAAAGAGUACUUCCUCUUCUGUGAGAUGCUGCUGCAGCGACCCAUCAACAUGCGGGAGCUGGGUCUGUCCAACAUCUUGAGCAGAGAGGAGACAACCUACAUGCGCGACAUGGCCAUCCACCGCUUCGAAAGCAUCAUGCAGGUGCUGAAGUCCAUGCCCCGGCCCAUGCUGCUGGUCUUCCGGAACAUUAACACGGUCCGAAGCAUCAACAUCUCUCUGGGAGCACCGGUAGACCGCUACUUUGUCAUGGCCAAGAGUGCGGUUCGAGGCUGGGGGAAGAUUCAGGCAGAGAGGGCGGGGAUACUGCCCAGGCUCUGGGUCUUCUGCUGGGUGAGGACAACGUGGGAGAGCCUCAAGUUUGAGCUGGCCUUGAGAUCGGAGAUGGCAAUGAUGAGUCUGACACGUUCAUUCCUGGGCUUGCUGUCAUACUUCGGCCUUAUAUCUCUGGACGCUGACAUAUACGAGUACCUGAGGUAGUGCACAGCUGAACACGAACCGCUUCUAAGCGCAAGUUAAUGCAGUCCAUCAGUAAGAGGCCCUUACCUACUCUUGCAGCUCCGAGUGCUGUUAGUAAUGGUGCUACACAAGUGUUUCCAUAUCAAAUCACAUCUGGAGCGGAGUCAGAAAUGAAGUCUUGAAAAUGGGUGAGAAUGUACUGAACUUGUAAAGCAGCAAAGCCACUCCCGAGUAGACACCCACAGGCCAGAGUUUCAGAACUCAAAAGCCUAUUGUAAUGUUUUUAAACUAAAGGAAGGACAAUACACAUUUUGUUUUAGUGUAAUCUUAGUUAAGUAAAUCUUUUUGAAAUCCAAAUUUGAGAUAUUUUAAAGUACAGUUUCUGUUUCGAGGACACGGGUAAACAUUUACCUUUCUAUUCUCUGUUAUUUUGUAGCAGCUAUAUCAUCCUGACUUAGCCAUACAUCAAAUGGAGUCACUGUAUUCCAUGACGAAUGUGUGAUAACUGUACCUUGGCUAUAAAACAAGCUAAACCCAACAAUGUUUAGCUGCAUCCCCACUGGAGUGAGACAAAUGGAAAAAAAAAAAAAGGUCAUUCAGUCUAUUGAUUUAUGCCAGAAAUAUGCAACCAUGAGUGUACUGUGCAGGUUUAAUGUUUUUAAAUUAUUUAACAAUGUUAAUAAAAUGUUCUACCUCCU